CCUUACUAGAACCCAGUUCAAUUGAACCAGCCUUUAUUGAGCGCGCACUGAAUGCCUUGGUCUGGAGGAAAACAAGGAAUAGGAUUUUGGAGGCCAUUAUGUCAAGGGACUCAAAGAAACCCUCAGCACCCAGCCAGGAGCCGAAGACACCGUCGGGCAAAAAGCUGAAGUUUCCACGCCCUCCCCUGUCCCAGUCGUGGAAGCGGGACCGCGAGCAGACCCUGGUGGCGGCCUACGUGCCGGUGGUGGUAGACCCGAAGGGGCAGAGCCUGGACAAGCUUAGGUUCAAGUUCUACACCUCCCAGUACUCCAACUCCCUGAACCCCUUCUACACCCGGCAGAAGCCUACCUGUGGCUACCUGUACCAGAGGGACGUGGACCACACCCGCAAACGCUUUGACGUGCCUCCUGCCAACCUGGUCUUGUGGCGCUCCUAGGUCCCUCCCGGUCGGGAGAUGCCACCUGCACCCU